GCUAGUACAUAUGCCAUGAAGAGGAUGAUCACAACGGGUUCUUUUCGAUAAAUUAUUCAUAUGUGGCUGUAACUUUUGAUAAAGAGGUCCCUUCACUCUCAUGAUUAUUCAUAGCCACCAUGAAUCAGACUUUUAACUUCCUAGAUAAUGGGUGAAAGGCGUAGAUGAUUUCCGAGAUAAAACCAACGGUAAAGUCAUGUUGUACCAAUAUUUCAAGCGAUGGCGUUGAUUGCAGCCCUGGCCAGCCUUGCUAUCGUGCUAGCUGUCCUUUCAGGAAAAGCGGAUAUUGCAAGAGCCAAAGUUGAUUAUCUCAAUGAUUUGGGCUCCGUGGAAACAAUUCAAAAUGAACUGAACCAAUUUCCAAUCAUCAACGAAUUUUCAAGUGACGUUGACCAAAACAAAAAUAAGGAAUCAGGUUUGCGAAAUGUCGAGACGUACAGCAACCUGGAUGUCUCCAGUUUACGCAAGGCUAAGGCCUUUUUUAACAAUAUUAGAAAUCUGAAAGGAAACUAUGCUGGAUUUCGAAGACGCGAUUACUCGAUUCCGAAUCUCGCUAGCUCUUCUUCACUUAAUACGGAAGAAUCCAACCUAGGAAAGAGGAAUGAGAAACACGCAAGCAGUGUAAGUUAUGCAAAAGCUACGGACGUGGAGCGGCAGAUGGAAGAUUUGAAGGUACAAAUUGUUAAUACAACCUUGGAGAUAGAUAAACUAUAUAAGUCGCUUAUGGUUGAUGCAAAAAAUGGCUCAGGCAAUAAAAGCAAGGCAGAAAUGGCGGGCUCGAGUCAAAGUAUCGACACUUUAAACAGCAAUAGAGAAGUAGUUGAGGCUUGUGGGCAGAACUCGAAGUGCUGUAAUCUGGAGGAGAUUAAUCGGUUGAGAGAUAAUAUACGCACAGAGAAAGAAGUGAGAAAUCAGAUGAUUCGCUUUCUAGCCAAGGCAAAGGUGGAAAACAGUCGAAUAAGUAAAGCGCUGGAGGCUAUAUUAAGAUAUUAUCGCCCUAACGAGAAGGUGCUGAAUAGUCUCGGUAUAUCUACAAGAUUAAAGCGUGUAAUCCUUGCCGAAAGGAUUAAAAUGCUGCCAAAAAGCAAGCAAAAGGAGCUAGCUAGAAGGUGGAACCAUCUCAGAAUCACCACACUAAAGAGAUAGUUAUGAACUGCUGUGAUGUGGACAGGCCAUGCAAGUUGUAUGCUGUUCAAACAAGGCUUAGACCAUACGCUACAGUAGCCCUCUAAUGCACGCAGCUGUCAAUGGCCAAGUGAUAGGGGCCAUGCUAGGUAGCGUCAUAAUAGAUCACAGCCAUGUUAGGUAGGAACCGUACUAGACAGAGACACGCUAGAUCGGACCAGACUAAAUAGGGGGCAUGCUAGGUAGGGCCAUCUUAGAUCACAAUCACUCUAGGGUAGGUGUCAUACUAGAUAGAGGCAUACUAGGAAGGGGCCAUAACAAAUAGGGGCAAUGCUAAAUAGGGGCCAUGCUAAAUAGAUGCCAUAAUUAGAUAGAUGGCAUAUUUGAUAGAAACCAUAUAAGAUCUCAGCCUUGUUAGAGACGUUCAAUACUAGAUAGGGGCUAUGAUAGAUAACGGCCAUAGUAGAUCAUAGAAAGGAGCUAUACUUGAUAGGGGGAAUAAAUGAUUGGGUCAUGCUUUGUAGGGACAAUGCUAAACAACAGGCAUGGUAAAUUGGGACUAGCGUUGCCGUCCUGAAGAAUAUGGAGGAGGGUGGCUAUGCAGUAGGCAACUUCACCCAUGACCACACCCACAAAUAUACUUACAUUUGUGAUAAAGUUUCUUUGUUGUGAUUCGUUUCACCGACUCAAAGGGACUGACAGAAAAUUAGUCAUUCAGGGGAGAUCUAUAGCAUCAUAGAGGAUUCGCCUAACUAAAUAUUUGCUCGCUUGUAGGGGGGGGGGGGGGG